AAAAUAAGCCAAUGAAAUACAGAUGCGGAGCACCUGGCCACGAAAUCGAGAGAAAACCAGUAGCGGCAAGCUCUUUCGAGAGGAAGGUACCACCAUGGUUAAAAGAGUCGUAGUAGCGACAAUUUUAGGGUUGUGUGCGUUUAUUGCAGCUGAGCACGACCACCAUGCUCACAUCCACAAGGAAAUGGAGGCUGACGGCAUCGUCCCCACCAUCCUCCCCACCGCCCCCCACGCCCACCUCCACAUCACCUACCCCAACGGCAAAAAGGUGCACCUAGGGGAAGAGCUCACUCCUUCGGACGUCAAAGACGAGCCCGCCGCCAAAUGGGACUCCAACCCCCAAAAGUACUACACUUUGGUCAUGUUCGACCCCGACGCCCCCAGCAGGGAGAACAACACCUUCGCGGACGUCAAGCACUGGCUUAUCGGGAACAUCCAAGGCGGCGAUUUGAGUACCGGUGACGUCAUAGCGGAGUACUUUGGGUCCGGGCCACCCAAAGGCACCGGUCUGCACAGAUACAUUUUCGUGGUUUACGAACAAAAGGAUAAAUUGACGUUCGAUGAACCCAAAAGCGGGAAACUAUCAAGGGCUCAUCGCCUGAAGUGGUCGUUGAAAGGGUUCGUGGAGAAGUACGACCUAGGAGACGCCCUAGCCGGGGAUUAUUUCAAAGCCCAAUGGGACUCCUACGUGGACGAGAGGAACAAAUUUGUUAGUAAGGUUUAGUUUAUCUGCUUGUUGUCAUUGUUUUAUCAAUAAAUGGAUGGCGUCGUGGAA